AUGUUUAUUGUUUACGAUUUAAAAUUGUUCUCCUUGGAAGUACUCAAUGAUAGAAUAGUUAGUUUUGAUUAUGGGCCUGAUAAAGGCAGCAAACCUACUGUAUUAAAUGUAGAAAAUAUUCGCAAGCAUAAUAUUCGUCUUUCUGCUUCUGAAAUGAUGACUCUAGUUCGUUAUUUUGGUUUACUUAUCGGAGAUUUUAUUCCAAGAAAUGAUCCGGUAUGGUACCUUUAUAUUCUUUUGAGGCAAAUUCUUGACUUGAUAACUUCCUUGUCACUUCAAAAAGGGUGUUGUGAAUUUCUACAAACUCUUAUAGCCGAACACCAUGAUCUAUAUUUAAAAUACAGUAAUCUAUAUCUUAAACCAAAAUACCAUUUUAUGUUGCAUUAUCAUACAUUAUUGAAAAAAUUUGGGCCCCUUGUUUCUUUGUGGUCAAUGCGAUUUGAAGCAAAACACCGAAUAUCAAAAAUAUCUGCUAACACUUCUAGCAACAGGUGA